AUGUCUCACUCAGACGACCUUAUAAACUUUGCUGUCAUUGAGGAUCAUAAAGAAAAUAUACAGUCGCUUCCAGGUGGGCAUUCAGCUCGUGCUUUAGCUAACCUAUUUUCGCCUUCAUCCAGCAACACCUCGAAAUCAGCCGCUACACCUACUAAGAAUAUUAAUGAUACUGCUAGAAAAGAGUACGAAGCUGAACUAGAAAAUAUCUCUGAAUCGGAUGAUCCGCUUGACAUCUAUGAUAGGUACGUCCGGUGGACGAUUGAGACUUACCCAUCGGUCCAAGCAACCCCUUCAUCACAAUUACUACCACUGAUUGAAAGGGCGACCAAAUCCUUCAUCAGUUAUCCACAGUAUAAAAACGAUACCAGAUAUUUAAAGCUAUGGAUUUAUUACAUACAACUUUUUUCUGAUAGCCCUCGAGAGGUUUUCGCUUAUUUAGCUCGUCACAACAUCGGAGAUAGUCUUGCAGUCUACUACGAAGAAUUCGCUGCAUGGCUUGAGUCAGCUGGUAGAUGGAAUCAGGCAGAAGAAAUCUACAAAUUAGGGAUAUCUAAAGAAGCCCGACCAAUAGCGCGGCUACUUCGAAAAUUUGAUGAGUUUCAAAAGCGAUAUGAUCAAAUACCAGAACAUGCCGACCAGCCUCUAUCGCCUGCUAUACCCAAAAUGAGAUCAGCUCUCUCAACAAAGCUGGAUCCUUUUUCUACGACGGUGGCAGUUGAUCCUCAAACAUCGAGGCCAAAUCCUGUAACCGGUGUAAAGCCAAAAGUUGGUCGGCAUAAACUCCAAAUAUUUUCCGAUGAAGAUGGGAAAGCCCCUGUGUUAGCUGCUGAUGUGGACACAAAAGGGUGGCAGAGUAUCGGGUCUCUCUCAGAACGCAAGAAGGAGAACAUCAUUCAGGCUAAGCCUUGGGUUGGUGAGACUCUUAAAGCUGGUGGGAAAAAGAUUAAUGAAAAAAUCCCAGUUUUCAAAGACGAGUCUACAUCACAGUAUGAUUAUCUACAAAUUACAGAUCCUGCUCAAUAUCAGGUUACAAAGAACCAAAAAGGUCGGAUUGAAAGGAUAUUUGUAAACCUUGAAGCAGUCUAUCCCUUUCCUAACAAAUUUGGGAGCGAACUUAGUAUUGAGGAGCUCAUAGCCGGUAACAGAGGUUGGUUAACAAAAAUAUGGAAACCUGAAAUAUGUAAAGAGAGCUCUCUACCUGUAUCUUCCAAAUCAUCAAAGUAUCUGGCAAAAUUUUCCGUCUCUCCGAAUGAUAGCCAAUCAUCAAGUCCCAACGAGAAUACCUCACGUGUCCACGAAGCAGCCCAGCUGGACGAAAACUGUAUGGUAAAAGAACCUCACCGAGAUCGACCCAGUCGAAAGAUGAAGGUUAGAGAAAUUAACGAGACACAGAAAGUUAAGGCAAAACUAUCAUCACCUACAGGUCCAAAAAUAUCUAAAAGAAAAAACAGGGAACAAACUAUGACCAUUCAUACUAAAGCUGCAACAGAUGAAAUAUACGGCCUAUUUAACCAGCCCCUUGAGCUAAAUCAUUCAGACAGUGAAAGCUCUUCUGAUGGUUACAAUACAAGUGGUGGUGAUAGUACUGGUACAGGGCGAGUAUUAACGAACAGUGAGGCUGAAGAUGACAACGAGACCCUAGGUGGUAAAAGCGUUAGUGAAUGGACCGAAUUUACAGCUCAGAAUCAAAUUGAUGCCGAAGGCAUCGAGAGCGAAAGAACAAAUUCUUCCAUACGUCCUGAAAUGGACUGCCAGGAAUAUCCGUUAGACGACUAUAAACACAUAGACCCUGAACAGGAACCAAGUGCUUCUUCUCAAGAUACCUCUUCCUUUCAAUUUGAAAAAAACUUCAAUGUUCCAUUAAUAUCUAAAGAUACCGCAUCUCAGAACCCACCAUUCCGAACUUACAUCCAAUGUUCUCAAAACCGACUGCCGUUCUUAACACCAAUAGCUGAAAAAACAGAGUCCUCGCUAGGCAUGCGAACGGUUAUUCUAGAGAGAAAACAUCACUCAGAAACCUCACCAAGUAGGGACGCUUCACGUAAAUGUACAUCCAUAGUCGAUAGUUUCGAUAACCCUCUCCCAGAAGAGUUUCCAAAUGAACUUGUAAGCAAAGCCGAACAGUAUUUGUACAUAAGCACUCCUCAGCAACGUGCCCGUGAACCAAACAGAAAUAUCGACAUUACGCCACAAAGAGUGCUUGUAAAUGAUAGCAAAUGUAAUCCUACAGACCAAAUACUUCGUGAAUCUAUACUGACUUCCCUUGAACCAUCUCUAAAUGAGUAUGAUGGAUAUUUCGAGCACAAGAACGAAAUUGGGGGCAGGUCUACUGAAAUUAAGAAAUUUAUUAAAGCCAUGGCAAAAGUCCAGCGAAAGACAAGCGAUAAAAGUGCACUUAACUACAAAGGCGCACCCAUAUUACGAUUUCCUGGAAUGAGCUGUCAAUAUCUGGUUAAGCGUGAACUAGGCGCUGGCACAUUUGCACCUGUAUAUCUUAUCGAAAAUAUUAUGGACGAGGCUCUCACAUCACCUCUGAUACGACAGAAUUUUAUGUCCGACGUAGAUGCAGUUGAGAAGGGCUGUCUCAAAGCACUUAAGAUGGAACAUACUCCAUCUUCCUGGGAAUUUUACAUGUUAAGGCAAUCAAAAUAUCGUCUUCGUGACUCGCGCGCUAUUGACAGCAUAAUAGACGCCUACGAGAUGCAUAUGUUCAAAGACGAAUGCUACCUUAUAGAAGAAUUUCACGAUCAAGGUACCCUCUUAGAUAUUAUAAAUAUCACAAUGGCGGACAAGUCCGGUCCAGGUGUGAUUGAGGAGGUGCUUGUAAUGUUCUUUGCAAUUGAACUCUUCCGCACCGUCGAAGAAUUGCACACACAUGGAGUUCUACAUGGCGACCUCAAGGCUGACAACUGCUUAGUAAGGUUUGAGCGGCUCGCCGAAAGUAAUGUCUGGAGCAGCAAAUAUUGUCGGGAUGGGUCGGCCGGUUGGAAAAGUAAAGGUAUCAAGUUGAUAGACUUCGGCCGAGCCAUUGAUAAAAAAGUAUUCAAUCCUGAGGUCCAAUUUAUCGCAGAUUGGGAGUCAGGUCCGCAAGAUUGCGCUGAGAUUCGUGAGAUGCGACCUUGGACCCAUCAAAUCGACUACCACGGACUUGCAGGAAUUCUCCAUUCAAUGCUUUUUGGGAAGUAUAUUGAAACUGUGGCUGAUAAUCGUGGCGAAAUUGGUCCACACGUCAAAAAAACAUGGCGGCUCCGUGAGAACCUUAAGCGCUACUGGCAAGUAGAGAUUUGGGCUGAGGCCUUUGACAUCCUACUCAACGCCACGUCUCACAUGGAACGGGAGGAAAAUUCACAGUUGCCGAUCACGCGUAGCAUGCGUGCUUGCAGGAUGAAAAUGGAAAUAUGGCUAGAGGCCAACAGCGAGAAAGGGAUCGGACUUCAAGCUAUCAUAAGGAAGCUAGAAACGCAACUAUCUCGCAGAAAGUGA